AUGGCGGACGAAAGCAACUCUCAAAUGUUGAAUUCUCAAAAUGAGAAAAAAAUAUUUGACCCUACCGAGUAUCAACACACAAGGUACAAUCCGCUACGCGGUGACUGGAUUCUUGUUUCUCCUCAUCGAAUGAAAAGACCUUGGAAAGGACAGGUUGAAAGACCGCAGGAAGAUGAAAUUCCGCGCUGGGACGCAAAAAACCCCUUAUGUCCGAGAACAGUGCGCGCAAGUGGAAAGGCAAGUCUACGGAUUAAUACUAUUUAGCUAAUACAAUAUACAUGUGUAGAAUGGGACUUACUUUCACCUUGUGUUAAAGAGUAACGUGUUCUUGGUGAUUUUUCUCAGAAAGCCCACUGGGCAUGUGCUAUUACAUUUAGUACCCCCCCCCCCCCCCCCCCCCAGGUUUGAACGAGUCUUUGUUUCUGUUUUUUUUCACUCCCCCCCCCCCUGGGGCAUGUUUUUUCUGAUUUUCCCCCCCCCCCCCCCCCCCGCUGGUUGAGGUACAUACCUUUUGGAUGAAAUAAAAUUGCGUUCACUCCUGAAUAUGGUUUACCCCUGAAGAAAAUGGGUCUACACCUGAAGAAUUUCAUGAAAAUUAAAGCUCUGGAUACCCCAGACAAAAUACUCAAUUUUUAUGGCUUAUCCAUUGGUCCGGAGUGGGGGGGGGGGGACGGAUGUCAAAUGUGAUAGCUGCAUAUUGCAUAAAUAUAACUCAGAUUUUUGAAUCUUGCUGGUUUGCACGUGACUUCACUGUGGCCAGAUCCCUUGGUGAACAACAAAAGCAUUUCUCUCUGCUGGGAACAAGCUAGUCUGCUACACAGCCAUUUUUAGUGUCGUCAUGCAACAAUCCUCCCCACAAACGUCUGCUGAGAACUGAAAAACAUUCCUUUCCCUCUGUGUUUGUGAUCUGACGAAGAAACCAAUCAUGUAUGAGAAACUUGACAAUAUGUGACCUGCAGGGCGCUAGGAUGCCAACACUCUCAAUUAUCGAUGAGCGAUUUCCCAAAACUAUACAUGGAAACGUUGUAAGCACAUCCAUGUCAUGCAUCACAUUUGCUCAACUUGCUUGCUGCUGCUGCUUAUCUCAUAAAUUUUGAAUAGGACUAUGAGAAAAUGGGAGCUGAAUUCUUACUGGUUAACUCCGGGAAAGGAAUGUGGUUCGAUUUUCAGCAGCCGUUUGUGGGGAGAAACAUUGCGUGAUGACACUAAAAACUGCUGUUUUGCAGACUAGGAACAAGCCUGCAAAUGCAGCUGUCUCUCCUCACUCCAACCCACUAGGGACAUUUGUAAGAGAGAUGGCAGUGCCUUAAUGACAGAAAUGCCAUAGUAAUAACAUGUAUAUUCUCCGUAGUGUUUGCAAUAAUGUCAUCAAACGACAAACGUGGUCCCAGGGGUGGAUCCAGGAAAUUCAGAAAUGGGCAGCUCAGACACUUGCCAGCUACAUAAUUACCAUAUAUUUUACUGAGAAUUAUUAAAAAACGAUACAAAAAUUUCACAGACAGAGGGGUGGCUGUGGUCUACUCAGCCAACCCCUUAAUCCCCCCAUGGGUCCAUCUCAUUUGGUAGAUGUCUGUCAGCAAUGUGCUAUGAAAGUGUUCCUCAGUUUGGCUCUUUACCAUAUAAACCUUGUUUUUUUUUUUUUUUUUUCCUGAAGUCUUACCUUUGGAAUGAUGUUACACCAAGACAACCCACAAUAACUUGUGUGCUUUCUUUGCCAAUGGCUCAAAAACUAAUUUCAACUUUGUACUUUGGCCAUUAGCCCAACUGAGCUUGCAGGCAAACUUGCAAUCCACAUUUAAAGAUUAAACAGGGCAAUGAAACAAAGUAGAAAAGAAGAAAGAAGUGGGGGUUUUAAUGAAAGGAUAUUUGCAGCUUGUCAUCUAUUCAGUUCCUAGUCCUGCCCAUCAAAGCUUAACUUGGUUGGUGAUCUUAAAACUGAGUUUUGUGAGGGCUUGGAAGACACAUAUUCACAGUCUGUGAUUAAUCAUGGGGGUACUUCCUAACAUGUAAAUAUUAUUCUAUUCCCUGGCUUAUUCUUCACAACCUGCUAGCACUGACAAAAUUUCAAAGAGGUUUGCAAAGUAUCCAUGACUGAUAAAUGUCACUCAGGACUGUACAUGGUGCACCAACUUAACUGUUUUGGAAGUACAAAUUUGUAAUUGUAUGCAAUCUCAUUUUAAAUGUUUUCAACUAAAAUAUUUAUUGCUUUUUAAUUUAUUGAAGGAGAACCCAGACUAUGAAAGCACUUAUGUAUUUGAGAAUGACUUUCCUGCCUUACUUCAAGAGGAGGCCCCAUCGCCAGGUAUGUUAUUUCUGUUUUAGUUAACAAGUCUGCCCUCAAAGUCUUGAUCAAAACCAGGAUAAGUUGAUAAAGAAACCAAAAUUGUUUGUAGGCAUUAACCCUUGUUUAUUGUCAGGUGCAUCUACUCAUCCAUUACUCAAGUGUGAGCCAGCUCAAGGAACUUGGUAAGAUUACAUUUGAAUCAAAUUUAUAUUAUUAUUAUUAUUAUUAUUAUUAAAUUAUUAUCAUUAUUAUUAUCAUUGUUAUUAUUAUUAUUAUUAUUACUAAGAAUUAUUAUAAGCUAUAUUAUGUUAACAGCCUUCACUGAUUACACAUCUCUUAAGCAGGGAUGUGGCCAGCCUAUAUACCCAAUCAGCCUAGUCUACAAUAAGUGUAACUUAACUUUGGUAAUUUGACUAAGUUUGUAGACUAAUGUUCCUAAAGUCCCCAGUUAUUCAUGGUCAGCAAUAGUAAGGGCUAGGAGACAAAGGAAAUUGAGAAUCAACCUAGGUGAAACAAUUUUCACCUAAAUGUCAUUUUGAGCUACAGUGUGUAACGUAAAUGAGAAAGAAGCAGCAACAUAAAUUUUGUUAACCCAUUCGCCCCUGAACCGCCUGUAACCGCCCAAGCGGAUCCACGUCCUUUCUACCCUUUGUGACGUCAUCAGUUUUAACGGUCAAGGACAACUUUGUCCACUAACUUGUGCAGAGUGAAGAGAUCUUUCAAACCAUACCAGAAUGAGCACAAUUCAGUCAAGGACACCGGAGAAAGAAGCAAAAAACCAUGUGACAUUGACCUGAAAGUCUCAAUGAAAAUCUUGUUCCAUUGUUCACCUACCUUUCCUUUCACCUAAUCCAAAGAUCCCAAAAGCUUUCCUAAAAACUCUUCCCACCAAAACGAAGCCUACAAAAUGCCCAGCAAGAGAAAAAAAAAUGAGGCAAGAAAAGCGAAAAAAGAGGGGAGGAGAGAAAGCGAAAAGUAAAAGUCAAGACUGCUGUGUCACUUUUAAACCCAAAAACUAUCACGAAAUUUUGCUUUCUGUGCAUGCCCAAACUUCGCAAGCUGAUAUUUUGCAUCUGGAUAAGAAGGCCGCGACGUGUGCGACCUGUAAACUGGUUUGUGGUAAGUUUUAGCUCUUUAUAGCAUGACAGUGACCAGAAAACCACUCGACUAGCUUCAAAACGCGUUUUUUGGGAAAAUCUCCAGGAGCGAAUGGGUUAAAGAACCCAUGAUUUUGUGAAUGAAAUCUGCCCUAGCCUGCUUGCAGAGCACUUCUUUCUGGCAGUGUUUUUAAAGUGUGUAUGAAAUUGUAUGUGUCUCUGGUAUUUCUUGUAGCUGUUGUUUUUUUAUGUUUUUGUGAUAUGCAUGAACAAUUUCAUACCCAGCACAUGCUAAAAACCAUGCCAGAAAGAAAUGCCCUGCUACGAUCAGGGUAGAUGACAUCUUUGUUGUCAGCAGUAUGUCACCAUUCCUCUCAGAUGUGCCCUUGAGGAACCAGGGCCACUGUUAAGAAUGGUGAGUCCUUUAGGAAGGACAUGUAUGUAUGUGUAUGUACUAUCCAUACAUUUCAAGGUUGAAAUUAUUCAUUAUUAUUUAUACUCAGCAGAGUGAUGUGCUUUCAUCCCUGGUCUGAUGUCACUCUUCCUCUGAUGUCUAUUGAAGAAAUUUUGGAGGUGAUACGAGAAUGGAUCAGACAGUUCCAGGAGCUAAGCAAAACAUAUCGCUGGGUUCAGGUAGUUUUUAAUCUCUCAUCUCUCUUUGAAUGAUUGCCCAAUCAUGUUAAAUAAACAGCAAUAAAUUUUCAAUUUUGUAAAAAUGAAACCUACCUGAUUUGGUCUAUCUGAUUAGCCCUGCUGUUUGUGGGUCAAGCAGUUUGUGAAAUUUUUUUCAUUUUAUUGUUGAAAAUUAUAAACUUGAAACUUAAACUUGACCUUGAUUGAUAGUGAGAAUUUCACAGAUUAACACUUCAUCUAUUGGUAGAUAUUUGAAAAUAAAGGUGCUGCCAUGGGAUGUUCGAAUCCUCAUCCACAUUGUCAGGUAAGUCACACUGCUAGUGUUAGUGUCACUAUACUGUAUAAUUUAUUGAUUUAAUGAUAAUUGAUACUUUUUCAUUGCUACAAUACUCAUCAGCCCAAACAAAAUGUUUUUUCAAUGAGAUUAGUGGGCAGGAUAAAUAUAGUAGCAGGUGGCAAAGGUCAAAUUUAUGUGGUUUUAAUAUAAAUUUGAUAUUACAUGUACUCAACCUAAGUGUUAAGGCAGCAAAUAUUUCAUUGGAAUCAGCAAUUGAAGUACUGGCCACCAGCCUACUCAUUUUUACUGGGCUGCUCAUUUAAACGGGUAUAAAAAGGUAAAUUAGAGACUUUACGAGACUGCGAGACCUUGGUUUCAAAAUUUGAAACUGAGACUGUGCCCAUGAACUCUGAAAAAUAAUCGACUCCUGAAGGCCAAACGGAAAGAGGAAACGACAAAUCUGAGACUCCGAGACACGUCAGCAAAAAGAAUUAGAGACUCCGAAAUGCAAAAAUCGUCUGAGAACAAGGCUUCAAAACCAUUCAAAAUGCUUCCAAAAUUUCGAGAUUGCGCCAGGAUUUUAUACCCCUAUUUAAAGAUAGUGAAAUAUCAAAUGUUGGACAAAAAAAUAUUCUGUAAAAGGAUAAGUAUUAGUACAUGAUGUACAUUGUAUAUUUUCAUGACUUCUAAUUGCCAACUUUUGAUUUCCAAUUGUUUUUAGAUUUGGGCAAGUUCCUAUUUACCUAAUGAACCGGCAGUAGAGGUGAGUAUACAGCAUGAUAUUUUACGGUAUCGUCUUCUUGAAGUCAGAACAAGCAAUUACAAUCUGCAGGGACUUUCCUCUUCUUAGAUUUGUCUCCUUUUGCCUUCUGCUCUCUCAUGACUUCUCGUGACUUCCCAAAAUGGAGAGCUUGCUUGCAGGCUUCGUACAUUAAGGUGGGAAAUCUAACAUGCAAUUCAUUUUGCAUUUUUUUUCAUCUUUUUACUUGUGUGGUAGGAUCGUACCCAGAGGGAAUAUCUACAGAAACAUGGAGUGCCGAUGCUAGUUGAAUAUGCAAAACUGGAAGCAGAACUGAAGGUUAGUAUGAGGAAAGUUAGCUGUUUUUCAAUGAUCAUCUGAUCUUAAUGACUCCUGGCUAGGAUGCCCUCUCGCAGAAUCAGAUCAACAAAUAAGGCUAAACACAAGCCACAGAAGGUUGCACUAGUUGCAGUUGUAACCUGAGAAAACAGCCGACAUUUCACGACGCCACCACUGGUUUCCCCGGGAAAUGACGUCUGAGAAACGAGGGCAGAAAUUCCAUACCGGGGAGUCCUGCAUGAUACUGAUGAUGUUUCACUACCAAGAUCUGAUUGAUUGAAAAUUUGCUUCAUCGAACAAGAAGCACUACCCAGAUCUGCGUAGUCGUUUCUUAAACGUCAUUUCGCGGGAAAACCUUUGGUGACACCGCGAAAUGUCGGCUGUUCUUUCAGGCAAUUGCAUUUGGAGCUAAACCCUCUUUGUGUUGAACUGAACAAUAAAAUAAGGUAGAUUUUUUUGCAAUGGUGUUCCUUCGUUCUUGGAUAAGAUUACUUGGAGCCAUUGCUGGGCUAACCGCAGGCUAACAGUACGUCGCCAGUAACAUUACAUUACAUUCUCUUUAAUUCAAAUAUCUGAUAGGUUCGAAUUGUUGUGGAAAAUGAUGACUGGAUUGUAGUCGUGCCUUACUGGUAAGUUCCUGUACAUGUAGCCUCUGGUGACAGUAUUGAAGUUUUUAUCAGAAUGUCAAGAAAGCCAGGGAUAUUCGUUUAACCUUGGAAAAGGUUUCUGUUAGUGCUAGUCAUUUGUUUUAUCAGCCAAAAAAAAAACAAACCAACCAAAACAUGGACUCGCCAUUUUGCUGCCGUUUCGCUGUUUGUCGUCGAUCGGCAACCCAGUUUCUGUGCCCCCUAGUUAUCUAAAAUUUUCGGCAGUCUUUUUGUAAGCUGGGAAUGAGUUGCAUGUACGCUAAACCAACCAAAAACCCUGCGCAUUUGAGUCCGUUUGCCAAGCCAGUGAAAUUCGCACACUGGUGUGCUUGUUGUUUCAGUUUUUUUGUGUGUUACUAUUUCAAGGUCAAACAAAAAGCACUGUAAUCUAGAACUCAGUUUGAAGCUCGUUAGGUGUACUAAAGCACAAUAUAGCAAGGUGUGUGCAUAAGAUUCCUUAUUUCAUCGUGGAAACGAACUAGAUGAAAGCAUACACAUAAGUUCAAUGAUCCAGGUUUUUCUUUUCUUGUGCUCAGCUUUGUGCUUGUAUCUAAGCUUAUUUUCCCUUGACACCAGACUCCCGUACUCAUACUUGUGCUUGCAUCGACUGUUUACAUCAAAACUUUGAUAUCAAUAUUAUUCCCAUACAGUACAUAAACGUCGUUAUGACUACAUCCCUGAAAUAGCUUCUCUUUUUCUGUUCUGGUUUUUGUUUUGUUUUUCACUUUAUCGCGUAACUACUCUAUUCCAGGGCAACAUGGCCUUAUGAAGUCCUCCUUCUUCCAAGAAGACACGUACAACGAUUAUCAGAUCUCACUUCAGAGGAACAAAGAAGUAAGGCAUGAUCGGUUGAGAGUGGCUACACUUAGUGGAACAACCCCCCCCCCUCCUCUCAAUACGACAGCUCUAUUAAUACUACCCUACCCCUGUUAAUACGCCCACACCGUUAGUCAACCCCGUUAAUAUUACCACGGCACCUCGUCAUUACGACUCUCCGUUGACACGACCACUCUGUUAUAACGAUUUUAAGUCAUUUCCAUAUACUACAACCCCGUCAUUGAAUACAGGCAUCCUGUUACAUCGGGCAACGAGCAUCUUUUGUAUUCUUUAGCCGUUAUUUUUUAUAGGUUUUCACAGUUUUUAACCUCUACUAAGCGAGGAGUAUACAGCAUAGAAUGACACAUUUUGUAACUAAGUAAUUGCAUGCAAUUAAUUCUCUUCCUGAAAAGUACAUGUAUCGGGACCUUUACUUGGAAAAGACCCCCUGUGGUUUGUAUUUUGUGUAGUCAUUUAAAGGAGCUGCGUCACCAAAUUUAUCAAAAUUCUAACAGCGAGAACUGCCACCAAAUUGAGUGAAACUUAAAAAUAAUCGCUCAGAACAUUAAAAGAAGGUAAUAACACAGUAAAUACAAAAGUAGGCAUGGAUGGACAAAUUUGAAGAUUUUAUGGCGGGUUUUUGAAAACUUGUUAGCCGAACAGUUUUUCAAAGUUCAUUGUUGUUUGUAACGUUUGAUAUAAUGCUUGGGACGAAAAUUUGUUGGACAUAAAACUGUGAGUAACUUAUAAGUAAAUGGCCAAAUUUAUACUAGAGACAAGUUAUCCGUCUAGACGGAUAAUUCGUCUAAGUAUAAUUCCGAAGACGAAUUUUGCUCCAUAAUUCGUCCAGAUUACACGACGGGUGUUUCGGUGUUGAGGAGCCGAGUUGCGAAAAUAUAGAAACCAGUCCCUCUCAUGUGGAAACUUCGUCCAAAAACCGUCUACGUUUCGUCUAGAUAUAAAUUUAGAGACGGAUAAUCCGUCGAAGACGAAUCAUUAGUACGUCUUGAAGACGUGCUAACAGACGAAUCAGCCUCAGACGAAUUUUGCUGCAUAAUUCGUCUUUAGCACCGAAUUUAUACUAGAGACGAAUUAUCUGUCUGAGACGGAUAAUUCGUCUCUAGUAUGAAUUCAGCCAUUUUUUCGCUUACGUUAAGUUCCAUAGCACAUGAGGAAGUGUAAUAUUGGCAAAAUUAACCCUUUAUGUCCCGAGAGUGACUAAAAUCAAGAGAUUAGGUUAUGAGAUGAUCACCAAAGAGAAAAUGCCUUGAUUGUUUAACAGAUUCUCUCGACACAUUCUGUAAUGAAAUGGAUGGAGAUCAGUUUAGAGAUUUUGUAUGUGGAGAAUGGGGCUAAAAAAGUUAACAGUGAAUUAGACAGCCGUGACACAGUCCCUUUUAGGAUGGUUGGACUUUAUCGUGAUGUAACGCUACUCCGUUAAUACGACAAAAAUUUCAUGGCCCAACAUUGGUCUUUGUCUUAACGAGUUUCCACUUGAUCCUUUAUUAUUUGAUUGCCGCCCUUCUUCCAAUGACGACUUCUUUCUUCAAUAUAAUUCCAGGCCUUGCUGAUAUUAUGAAGAGACUGCUUAUUAAGUAUGACAACUUAUUCGAGGUGUCGUUUCCUUAUUCCAUGGGCUGGCAUGGUAAGUAACAAGACACGUUUUUACUUAGCAUUUUCAAACUAACGAUAUUCUUCCCCGCUGUAGCCUGCGUAGCAGGCGUUUGGAAGUUACAUGCGCGAAAGAACGGGGUGACGGAGACGCGCGAAGGGCGAAUGAGUUCCUCGGGCGACCCAUUCUUUUUCCAAGCGCCUACUACGCAGGCUAUCACCGCUGUGAUUCUCUCUUUAUGUUUUUAGCAAUUACAUUUUCAUACUGCAUUUUUCAUUGCUUCUAUCAGGAGCACCGACAGGUAAACAGGACACAGACUGCAGGUGAAUGAAUUUUAUUAGACUAUUCACAGUCGCCUACUUUUCCGUAAAGGUACGGUAAAACGGGCAACAAAAAGGUGCAACUUGUAUUGUAGCAUCACUGCAAAACUAGCUGAAUGCCUUAAGCUAUGUUGCGCGUUGAACUUCCUAAGAGUAAACCUGUCUUGCAGCAAAUCAGGUGGUUGCAGGUUGCGAAAAAUUGUUGCAGAAAGUAGGGGGUAGUUCUACUUUUUUCAACAGAAUCUGUACAUGUGGAGCGUUUUACCCAAAGCAAACGGCAAGUGAUGUAACCCUCUUGUAAUCAGUUUUAUUCAAUCAGAAGUCUGUAUUCACUCAACGUGCAACAACCUGAUUAGUUGCAAGACAGGUUUGAACGUGAGUGGUAAGACGCGCAACAUCGCUUUUUAACUCGUUUUGCAGCAGUGUUGAAAAACAAGUUGACGUUUUAGUUGCCGUUUUACCAUAGCAUUGCCUCUUAGCAGAGGAAUACCAGGGAAAAUAGGUCUCUGCUUGCUGAGAAACUGUAGCGUAAGAUCGUCGAGAACAAGCGCUACAUGCGGCCAUCUUGACUGAGUGUAUAAUGUGGGACAAAAGCGUUGAUACUCUUGGCCCGGUAUUUGCGUAGUAGACUUAUCUAUCCCCUCCCCCUGUGUACCCCACUCCCUCCCCCAAACCAAUGUUGUGUUUCAAGCUAUCAAGUCUUUUUUCAAGUACAAACAAUAUUGAUUCGCGGGUGGGGGUAAAGCUGUUGAGCUCAAUUUGGGACAUACUAAAUAGUCAGAUUCUGAAACCAAUCUUUGUCACACAGUAUUUUGCAAGAGAAAGAGCAAAACGUUGGAUGCCUAGGGGCCGGGAACGGCCACAAAUGUGUUUUGGAGUAUCUCUUGGAAAUACUUGUUUACGUUAAGGAAAAAAACUACGACGACUGACAAUGGCAUGAAAUUUUGUCGCGGUCGCCAUUCAAUACAUCUACUGAUACUGAAACCACCGCAUACUGCAUGGCCACUUUUUCACGGUAAAUAUGUGAGUCGGAUGCGUGGCUUUCAGGCGAUCCUACUCAGGUUGGGUAUAUUUGAUAAACGUUUUCAAAUCAAAACUCUUUGCUGUUUGUUUCAAAUGACCGAUUUUAAAUAUUACUUAUCUUUUUGUCUGGCAGUCACUGGCAGCUACACGCCCAUUACUAUCCCCCUUUACUUCGUUCUGCCACGGUAAGCUAGUUGCUAUUGUUGUUGAUUACCAGGGAAUUUAAUUAAGAUACCACGGAGGCGACGGCGGCGUAAGGCCUAGGCCAAACGUCGAACUUUUGGUGAGACGAACUAAACUUAGCGAGUUAAGUUCAGCGUCUGAAGAUCGUCUCCAGGACAAACGUUGAUCUUCACAUGCGACGACGGAACUGAACUAAUAAAUUAAAAAUUUGUUUGAUAAUGUAAAUUUAGCCUCUUUCGGGAGAAAAAUUAUUAAAAUUGCUUUUAGGUCUGAUUCAGUUGAUUGAUUCGACGCGUCCCAGCUUCGACGACUGACCCAAAAAGUUAAUUAAUGUUGACCCAAAUUAGAGUUUGGUUCGUUUUAUAAAAAGUUCGACGUUUGGCCUCGGCCUAAGGCACCGAUCUCUGCUUACAUUUCAGAAAGCAACUCCUCGUCGGUGUUUUCGUGCAAGUGUAUCCUUCUUUAAGUUUACUCUAACCCCCUAAAAAAAAAAAAAAACCACACGACCCAAAAAUAACAAACAGGUUUAAAUUGUUUUUCUUAUUUACAAGUUUAGUAUAAUUAACAAGUAAGCUAUUCACAGACUUUGUGUCAUUACACGAGGUAGAGAAACAAUGGAACAUGAAGUCACCUACAAGGUUACCUUAACGGCAAGAGAGAUGUUUUUUUGUACCUAAUAAAACGAAUCCUUUGUUGUUGUAGGUAAAGAAAUUUAUGGUUGGUUAUGAGAUGUUAGCUCAGGCACAAAGAGACCUGACAGCAGAACAAGUGAGUAAUAAGUUGAAUGUGGGGAGUGAGUCAGAUUAUGACAUUUACAGUGUAUUUACCAGUCAAAUCGAGACUUUAACAUCCAUCCGUCAACGGGCAUACUUUUCGUCUCCACGCCCAGGAAGUAUAGGUAUGUUAAUAGGGCUGGUUCACCAUUUUUGCAUUGUCCAUGAUAGAGAAGUGUGACGUCACAGAAAUAAAGUUUUAUGAAGUUAUAGGAUUGGUUGGUAUAUCCAUUAAGAACAAGAUAGAAAAGGCCCCCCCCCCACCCCCUGCCAAAAAUCAACUUGUUAGUGCAAAUUAGCGGGGAGAUCUAAGCACCGUAUGAACUGAUGACUUCAUAAAAGUCCUUCUAAGAUUGACAUGGAUCGUUUACGAUCCACUUUCAAGAUGGGCACGACCCAGCUUCACUCAGUUACAGAAACCUCGCCGAAAUCACUGUUCCUUACGUGCUGGCAAAAGAGCUAUCCGUUACAGCGUAGGCACUUAGCCUUAUUUUGUUUGUUUGUUUUUAUAUUUCAAAACAAUAUUCCCUUCACUAAGCGAUGUUCUUUCUUGUUAUUUAGGCAGCAGAAAAACUCAGGAACCUUCCAGAUGUUCACUACAAGGUAAAAUCAGAUUCAUAG